GCGUCACUUCCUCGGCUAGCGCCCAUCCCUUUGGAAGAAGAAAAAACGACGGCGAGGGAAAAGAAGAACGAAGGGGAAAAAGACACCCGAAAGUCGAGAGGGGAAACAAAUAUCCAGAUGUGAAAGAAAGUCGCUUCUACGUACGAGAGAGGGUGAAGCAAACAGCUGAAUUUUAUCCUUAUUCUAAUUAUGCCACUCCACAAAUCAACCCGGGCCUCCCGCUUGGACCCCACCAUGAUCUCAGCCCCUCUGGGUGACUUCCGCCACACCAUGCACAUUGGCAGAGGUGGCGACGCCUUUGGGGACACCUCCUUCCUGUCCACGCUGGGUCCAAGCCCGCCCACCUCCGACCCGGGGAGUCCAGGUUCUUCGUCCGUGGACUACCCGGCAUCUGUAAAUCACAAUGAUGUGUUUCAAGAGCCUACGGGGAGUCUCCAAAGCGAUGAGCUCGAUUACUCCGAGUCGGUGUCGUCGUUCACGCUGGAUUUGGAUCUAGAUCUGGGCCCUUCCAUGCUGGGAGACGUACUAGGGGUGAUGGAUGGAUUGGGACUGGACUCCAACAAAGAUGUCUUCGGUCCCAAAAGCGCUGCGUCCCCAGUGGAAAUUAUGGAGAUGUCCGUCGUAAACAGGCACAACGAGCUUAAUGGGAAGAACCUGGAUGAGAACCAGAUGAGCGAGGGCAGAACAUCAGAUGGGAUCAAGCCCAAGGGGCUGCGACCCAAAGUGAGAUUCAGCGACAAGCGGGAAGAGAUCAUCCGCCAGGCCUCCGAGGAGGAAGAGGAUCAAGGGUUCGACUUCCAGGAGGAGGACCUGACGGAGAGUCCGACGAGGGGGAUGCAGGUUGAAGCUGAGCUGGCCACCCAGAAAGAUCUGCCUCCCAGCCCGGCUUCGUCUCAUAGCUCCGAUUUCGAAGGAGUGAGCUCGCUGGACCGGAGGAGGAUCGGCAGCAGCCACUCGGAGACUGACUCAGAGGAAGAGGAAGGAGGGCGAGGUUAUACCUUUGAAGAUGAGUUUGAUGAUGAAAUUGGACUAUAGGUCCGUUUACUACCAAGCGUGUAUUAAUCACCACGCACAGAGUGUUACAGGUGUUGGGCUUUCAGGUAGAAUUUCAGGACGAACCUAGAGUGCACAAAAAUCUUGACGGGACUGCCUGGGAUUGAAAUGCGCUAAAAGUAGCAAAAUGUUCAAAAUGUGAAUUUGAAAGUCAAGAAGUCAAAUUAAGAUCAACUGUAAAUGUUCUGGAGCGGGGUUGCUCAAGUCCCGUUCCUGGUGAUCAUUGGAAUCAGUGGUGUUGGAGGAGGGAACCAUGUAAAAGCUGCUGGAUAGGGGCGCUCCAGAACCGGACUUGGGCACCCCACUCUAGGGCAUUUUAGGUUCACCCUCAAAGUUUUACUUGAACGUCAAAUGUCCCUCAACUUUUUGUGAGUAGCGAACGUCUUAAUUCACAUUACAAACUGAUGGAUUCAAACUUGAUUUUUUUUUUCCUGAAAGCUGUUCAGUGUGAAGACGGUCUUGCUCUGCUGGGAGAAAAAAAAAACAAAAAAACAUUGUCUUAUCGACAACUGUAACAGAUAUGCCAAAGACCCGUUUCAUGACAAGCAGCAUUUGUUUUUCCGACAGUGAAAAAGAUGUAGCACUUUCUUCCACCCCCCCCAAUUCACCUGGAGGCCUUUUAAUCUCGACGUAAUUCAUCUUUCACCAAAUGUGCCAUCCAUGUUUUUAAGUGCCUUAAAUUGAGCAAACAUUGUACUGUCUUUUUUUGUUUUACGUUUUUGUUUUCUACCUUUGCAUGUUUAUGUCUCCAAUGUCUGUCAUUCUCUCAGAACGUCGUCGGGGCAGAUUUUGUGAACGUGUAAACAUUCCAUGUCUUGAAAAUGUGACGUUCUCUGGAUCAGAUCUCGUUAGAUCUAAGUGCAGAGUAGUUUUUGUGUGUGUGUGUGCGUGCGCACGCACACGUGUCUUCAUACACUACCAAAGCUUUUUCCUCUUUGGGCUGCAGGGCUGGAAAAAUAGGACAAAUGCUGAUACAAUCAAAUAUUGAGUCUUUUUUUUUUUUAUUCCCUCCCCCCACCACCAUGCUGUAAAAUGGAGAGUGCAAAGUGUUUAUCCAUUGAGCUUGCUGGCAUCUAAUGUCUUAUGGUUUACAGUGGAACAAUAAAACAAAACUAUUUGGGAUUUUAA